AGUAGCUUAACGUGUCUCUCUCAUUUUAGAAUGGAAAGAGUUUCUUGGUGUUGAAUGAACAGAGAUUUGCAAAAGAGAUUCUUCCCAAAUACUUCAAGCAUAACAACAUGGCAAGCUUUGUCAGACAGUUAAACAUGUAUGGCUUCCGUAAAGUUGUCCAUGUUGAUUCUGGAAUUGUCAAACUGGAGCGAGAUGGUCCUGUAGAGUUUCGUCAUGCGUAUUUUAGGCAGGGCCGGGAGGACUUGCUGGAACACAUUAAAAGGAAGGUUUCUUCUUCGAGACCUGAAGAAAACAAGAUACGUCAGGAAGAUCUCUCUAAAAUAAUAUGCAGUGCUCAAAAGGUGCAAAUUAAACAAACAACUAUUGAAUCUCAGUUGACUCUUUUGAAGAGAGAGAAUGAAUCCCUUUGGAGGGAAGUGUCAGAACUGAGAGCAAAACACUUGCAACAGCAGCAAGUUAUUCGAAAGAUUGUACAAUUCAUUGUUACCUUGGUGCAGAAUAACCAACUAGUGAGCCUAAAACGCAAGAGGCCUCUACUUCUGAAUACUAAUGGACCUACAAAGUCGAAUGUAUUUCAGAAAAUUGUGAAAGAACCAGCUGACAGUAGCCACCAUGUACCUCUCAACAGAAAUGAGGGCUUAAAACAAAGGGAACAGAUUUCAGAUGACAUUGUUAUUUAUGAUGUCACUGAGGAUGUGGGUGAGGAAGAACAUCCCAUGGCUGAUGAAGAAAAUCUUCCUGUUACACCAGAAACAAGUGAAGAUACCACUUCAGAUUCUUCCAACUGUAGCUGUAGCUACCACUCUCCUGAUAUUGUAAUUGUGGAAGAUGAUAAUGAAGAUGAAUAUGCCCCUGUAAUUCAAGGGGAUAAAAGCACUGAAUCAGUUGCUGUCCCAGGUAAUGAUCCAGUCAGCCCUGCCAGUGACAGCACAAACCCACUCAUGUCAAGUGCUGUACAGCUGAAUAACCAGUCAACUUUAACUGCAGAAGACCCAGUCUCUGUGAUGGAUUCCAUACUCAAUGAAAAUGGAGUAAUUUCACAGAAUAUAAAUCUUCUUGGAAAAGUUGAACUUCUGGAUUAUCUGGACAGUAUCGACUGCAGUUUAGAGGACUUCCAGGCUAUGUUGUCAGGACGACAGUUCAGCAUAGAUCCAGAUCUCCUGGUUGAUCUUUUUACAAGUUCUGUGCAGAUGAAUCCCACAGAUCAUGAUCAUAUCACUAAUACCAAAACGGAGACAAAGGGAAAAGAAACUAACAAGAAUAAUGCCGGUCCAGCAGCUUCCCAGGAAAUGCAAGAUAAGCAGCUGAUACACUACACUGCGUUUCCACUCCUUGCAUUCCUCGAUGGGAACCCAGGCUCUGCUGUUGAGAGUGGGAGCUUCACAGCUGAAACUCCUUCCACUGCUGAAGGGGACGAGCUCCUGGAGAGCAGCCUGGAUCCCCAGCCCACCCAGAGCAAACUGGUGCGUCUGGAGCCACUGACAGAGGCAGAGGCGAGCGAAGCCACGCUGUUCUACCUGUGUGAACUUGCCCCAGCACCCAUGGACACAGACAUGUCCUUCUUGGAUAACUGAUGUGAGAGAGGCUCUGUAUAUAGCCAUGAAGAUGAACUAUUUAUUUAGAAUAUUGUUUGAGAGUUUUUUUGUAAAUCACUGUUUUAUGUAACCAGGUAUGUGGAAUCUGAAGUACCUUUCCUAUCUUAUACAAGCAAUUGUUUAGCUAUGGAGUUAGACAAACCACCAGGCACAGCUGGCACUGCUGAGCCAGGCUGCUGCUGCACUGCUGUGAACACUUGGUGUUGCACACAUUGCUUGUACUGCAGGUAACCAACACUUGUCAAUAGUGAGCUUUGGUUUAUGGUUUCUUAUACUUCUUGUCUUACCUAUGAUGACAUAAACUAGUAGUGUAUGGUUAGGGAACACUGACUUUCUGUAUUUUGGGAUUUUUAUUUUUUACAUUUUGUUUUAACACACAUGAGGCUUUUUUGGGGUGGGGGGACCAGGACCUAAUGUAGGCUUAUUUUUCCCUGCUUCAACUGGGAACAAAGUGCCUGUACCUUGCUGAAUCUUGGUUCUGCCUUACUUUCACUUCAGUGGAAGUGCUUACACAUAGCACAAACUGGGGAAAAGUUCUUGACAGCUGCCAGGCCCCAUGACUGCAUGAGUACUUUCACCUUGGACCAUCUAUGCUGACAAAAUAAAUGUUACUUAAGUGUGGUAUCUGUCAA